UCAAUAAUUUUCAGGAUUCAAGUAGAAACAAUGACGUCUGUUUCCUACACCAUCGAACCUAUUCAAGGUCGCGCGGUUAUUCAAAAGAAUUUUGUGAAGCUUCCUGAACGCGCUGGCAACUACUGUAACCGUCGCGUUACUCUGAACGAGCGAUUUUCCAUAAUCGAAAGAGGUUAUUACCUCAAACCCGCAGAACUGCCGAAGUCUACCAUGCCUGCUCCUCACGUCAGCCUCCUUUGUACGAAGUCAGUUUCAAGAGAGGAAAUUAUGGCUAGCACACUAGCGAAAAUUGAAAAGAAACAAAUGGAAGAGCAAAGAAGGUUGGCUAAGAGUCAGGAAGCAUCCCCUUGCGUAAGUCCCCCACGGUCCAUUGAAUCUGUAUCACCAUGAAUGGACAUCUUUCAAAC